AAAUAAAAUGCCAAAGAAAGCAACAACAGUCAGACCAGCGAAUAAGAGAAGAUCAAAGAAACAUAUCAAAAGAAGACAGAACAAAAUGAGAAAUUUGAAGAGAGAAGUAUAUGACAGAUCAACUGCAAAAGAAAUCAUUGAUAGCAUUGAUCUUCCAAAACUAAAAACUAAAGUAAGGAGAUUAGGAAUGCUAAAACACUUGGAUGGGCAAAUCAAAAGUCUCAAAGAUGAAUACGAUCCAACUAUCAAAGCUCUUAAUGAAGAUGAAACAAAAUAUCUAAAGAAACUAGUGAAGAAGUACGGAGACCUUGAAACAGGAGACACUUUUGGAAUGUUCAGAGAUAUCAAGUUGAAUUAUUUGCAGUGGUCAGAAGGAGAGAUCAAGAGAAAGUUAGCUAUUUAUUUCCAGAAUAAUUCAAGCGUGUAG